AAUGGCAUUGUGAUAUCAAUCCGUUCCAAACUCUAUGGUUAGAAAAGUGGGGAACAUAACUGGCGACAUACGUAGGGAAGGCGCUUUAAAAGGGAUCUAAAGGUCAACUAGAUUCCCCGGUGAUCAGCCCCUUCUGCAAUCGGACCUAUUCCGCCUGCCUACGCGCCCAUAUUCACUGGGCCCCACCCGCCUAGCGGACGGGUGCAAUCCCCGGCAAGCCCGCAGGGGGCGCCCAGAGCAAGCCGUCCGGGGAGAACUAAAACUACAUUUCCCAGCAUCCCGCGCGCCGCAGACCCACUUCCGGAGACCUCAGACAAGAUGGCGGCGCCCGAGGAACGCGAUUCUCCGACCGAAGCGUCCCAGCCGGUGAUGGAAGAGGAGGAAACUAAAACAUUUAAAGACCUGGGUGUGACAGAUGUGUUGUGUGAAGCUUGUGACCAGUUGGGAUGGACAAAACCCACCAAGAUCCAGAUUGAAGCUAUUCCUUUGGCCUUACAAGGUCGUGAUAUCAUCGGGCUGGCAGAAACUGGCUCUGGAAAAACAGGCGCCUUUGCUUUGCCCAUUCUGAAUGCACUGCUGGAGACCCCACAGCGUUUGUUUGCCCUAGUUCUUACCCCGACUCGGGAGCUGGCCUUUCAGAUCUCAGAGCAGUUUGAAGCCCUGGGGUCCUCUAUUGGAGUGCAGAGUGCUGUGAUUGUGGGUGGAAUUGAUUCAAUGUCUCAAUCUUUGGCCCUUGCAAAAAAACCACAUAUAAUAAUAGCAACUCCUGGUCGACUGAUUGACCACUUGGAAAAUACGAAAGGUUUCAACUUGAGAGCUCUCAAAUACUUGGUCAUGGAUGAAGCCGACCGAAUACUGAAUAUGGAUUUUGAGACAGAGGUUGACAAGAUCCUCAAAGUGAUCCCUCGAGAUCGGAAAACAUUCCUCUUCUCUGCCACCAUGACCAAGAAGGUGCAAAAGCUUCAGCGAGCAGCUCUGAAAAAUCCUGUGAAAUGUGCCGUUUCCUCUAAAUACCAGACAGUUGAAAAGUUACAGCAAUAUUAUAUUUUUAUUCCCUCUAAAUUCAAGGAUACCUACCUGGUUUAUAUUCUAAAUGAAUUGGCGGGAAACUCCUUUAUGAUAUUCUGCAGCACCUGUAAUAAUACCCAGAGAACAGCUUUGCUACUGCGAAAUCUUGGAUUCACUGCCAUCCCCCUCCAUGGACAAAUGAGUCAGAGUAAGCGCCUAGGAUCCCUUAAUAAGUUUAAGGCCAAGGCCCGUUCCAUUCUUCUAGCAACUGACGUUGCCAGCCGGGGUUUGGACAUACCUCAUGUAGAUGUAGUUGUCAACUUUGACAUUCCUACCCAUUCCAAGGAUUACAUCCAUCGAGUAGGUCGAACAGCUAGAGCUGGGCGCUCCGGAAAGGCUAUUACUUUUGUCACGCAGUAUGAUGUGGAACUCUUCCAGCGCAUAGAACACUUAAUUGGGAAGAAACUACCAGUCUUUCCAACACAGGAUGAUGAGGUUAUGAUGCUGACAGAACGCGUGGCUGAAGCCCAAAGAUUUGCCCGAAUGGAGUUAAGGGAGCAUGGAGAAAAGAAGAAACGUUCACGAGAGGAUGCUGGAGAUAAUGAUGAUACAGAGGGUGCUAUUGGUGUCAGGAACAAGGUGGCUGGAGGAAAAAUGAAGAAGCGGAAAGGCCGUUAAUCACUUUUAUGAAGACUCACAUUCUGCUGUUCUGUGAAAGAGAAUUGGAGAAUGAAACCUGCUCUGACAGAGAUCGUGAGACUGAAAUCUGUCAGAAUUGUGUCCAGAAUGUGCUCAGUGAAUUCAGUACUCUUCCCCAUUCUGGGUUGGAGUUUACUGCAGAAUAAUUCUUACAGUGCUGAUGUCGAGACCAUUACUGUUUCUUCAACUUUGAUUCUUUGCUCAUGACAUGAGUGGGAUGUGCUCUUCUGUCACUCACAGAGACCUGUUGCCUUUUUUAGCUGCAGGUUGAGGACUAGGUUGAUGAUGUCCACGACCUGUAAUUGUAAAGAAGCUUGGACAUCUGCAAAUGAUAUUUAAACCAUCUUGGCUUGUGCUUUAUUCAAACUAAUGUGAAACAAUAAAUUUAAAUACUAUUUUUUAAAGAUUCAAA